CAUUUCUGGCUCCUCCAAAUUUUCGUUUCGUUUUGGGAGGCUGUUGGAUCGUCGUGGCUGGGAUGGCGCGCUACCUUUAUGCAGACCUUAUACUCGAGGCCUUCAAUGCCUUCCACCGCCCGAUGGAGUUCGAGGAGGUGGUUGCCUAUGUGGCCGAGCUAGAGAUCAAGUCGGCGGAGGAGGUUCGCCUGGAUGUGGACAAAACUCUGACGGCGGCCUGGAUGCAUGGCUUUGUCAAGCAGACUGAAAACUGGUACACUCUGAACUGUGGCUACUGGAACGAGGACUCCACACAGGGCAGAGCUGCUGCUGCCAGACAUGCCGAUGAUUUGCUUUGCCUGCGCACUCAGGAUGACAUGACAUCUGAUGAAUAAACAACUCUU